AUGGAGACAACUAAAUUGAUUGGUAUUGUUCAGUCAGCUCCAUCCAAUCGUACUGGUCCAAUCUAUGUAAUAGUACAUCCUGCGUCAGUAAAACAUGCAAUAAUUGCAUUCGUAUUGAUAACUAUUAGUGUCACACUAACUUUGAUCAUGGUGUGCAACAAAAAAAUGUGGAAAUACAAGAAAACUAUGAUUACUUUAAUCACUCUAGCAAGUCUACUAUGGUGUUUCGCCAUCUGUAUAGCAUUCGCUUAUCCGCUUCCAGAAACCAAGUAUAUCGUGUUCGCUAUCUGUAUUGUAUUGAAUGCCUUAGCAGUUACGCUUGGAAUAAAUAUCCACCGGCUUAAGAGGACAGUAUUAAUAUCACUGUUUGGCAUGUCAUUGAUGGUCGAUUUGGUUGGAACCGUGAUGAUUUAUCUUUCAUUAGGCAUCUAUCCUAUACGCAAUUUUCAGGCCCUAGCUGAGAUUUGCUGGUGUGCAGGUGCAUGUAUCAGGAAUCAUUGUCCUACUCAUCAUAUUAUGCUUCAUAUUCAGGAAGAAAUUCAUAGUAGCAAUGUCCUUGAUGGCAUUCAUUAUCAGAAUUUACGACUUGACGCAUACGCGGAUUCAUACUGUCAAGUUGUGAAUGAUAAAUUUCUUUUGACUGAACUUCAGACAAACAUAGAUCUCCACAAUGCAGAAGAAACAAUUAAAAGCGAUAUCCUGAGACUUGAGCACUUAUAUCAAAGUAAAUGGGCGAAGGAAUUUCUCGAAUUAAUUGGUGCAGAAGAUAAGAAGCUCGUGUAUCAUUAUAACGAUGAAUACAGGAAGGCAUUAGCAGAAGAUGAUGUUUUUAAGUACAAAGUUCUUGCUAAUAAGCGAUUUUACAAUCGGAUGAAAAGGCAUAUUGCGAAGAAAUGGGAAAAUCGAAAAAAUCUCGAUAUUGCAGAAGCUCAAUUUUGGACGGAGUCAUCAGAAAAUUUAAGAAAAUACAAAAUCCCAAUUGCAAUAAAAAAAGAAGAAUUUUAA